AUGGAUCCGCUCGGGUUCACCCCGUUCCGGAGAGAGGGUAUUCUCCAACGUAGAGGUAUCAGGCAAACCUUCUCCAGCUGGGAUAGAUGCAUGGCCAGUGCCUAUUGCAAGUGGCCUGCCAUUGUCGCCAUAAUCAUUGGUGGCCUCAUUAUCAUUACAGUCCUCUGGGCCGUACUCGCCUGCGUCUGCUGCGGCUACACAUGCUGCAAGGGCUGCUGCGCCUGUUGUAGUUGUUGCUGCCCCUCCUCUGGCAGCAAGUCUAAGGCCCGCGACCAUUAUAGCAAUGAACAGACAGCUUACAACAAUCAAUAUCCCUCGGGUGGCUAUCAACAUCCCCCCGCACCCCCGGUGUAUAGCUUCCACCGUCCAUCUCCAAAACAAUACGCGCAAUUCGACGUCACCCACUCACACACACAGACUAAUGGCGAUGCCCUCCCGGAAAUGCCUAUGUGGGAACCCGCUCCAACCCGCCGUGUUGAAGAUACCUCUCAACCCUAUGAUCUGGAAAUGAACACCUUAGACCCUGUCACAGGCCAAAACGUCAGCCGCCCCAUGCGGGGAAACAAUAAUUCAAACCCCAACUCUCCUGCCUACACUUCCGCUUUUGACGGCUACUGCGCACCAGAACCCACAAACUACCACCCUGGAAACAUCGCACGCACCCCGUCCCCAGGCGAUCCCGUCGCCGCGGACGACAUAGGCAUCGCAACCAGCUACCCAAAUUCGAAUCAACAACAAACCCUUUACCCAAAUCGCAACGCAAACCCCAACCUAAGCCCCCAUUCUUCCACCUCCACUUACCCCCCCUCUAACGACGCCCCCAUAACAACACACUCAACCACCUCCCGGCCAUCCAUAAACACCUACGACUUCCCGCGCAGAUACCCGCCGUCACCAGUCCCCCAUUCUCCAACAGCCGCACGCUCGUACUCGCCAUACCCGCCUCCACAGCAACCUCUACCGCAACUACACAACUUGCAGCAGCAACAGCAGCCGUCACAGCAAGGAUAUAGGGCAUAUUCACCUUCAGUGCCUAACACCCCUCCCCCCCCAUUCUCAUCCACGCUAGGCGAUUAUGACCAGAUAUUGCCCGGGGCGCAGCAUGGGCAGUAUGGUGCUAGCGCUGACGACGAAGGUCCACCACCUUCGUUGCAAGUUGGGAGGGUCCCUGUAUCCAAUUCAUGGAGGGAAGUAUGA